AUGGUAAAAAACAAGAUGCAAUGGUGGCUCGAAUUUAAUAACAUCCUUCCCAAGAGCCAAACUGGAUUUCGAAAAGGGCAAUCUACUACAGACAAUUUGACCGGUUUAACCUUAAAUGUAGAGGAUUCUUUUAGUAAUAAAAAAGACCUCCUUGCUGCAUUUCUGGAUGUACAAGGCGCAUUUGACAACGUGAAUAUUAAUAUUCUCUUGCAACAAUUGGCAACAAUUGGCUGCCAUCUUAAAUUGGUCAAAUUUAUCAAAUUCCUAACACAAGAAAGGUACAUUUUUACUGAAAUUAAUGGAAAAAAGUUUAAUAUUAUCUACAAGGGAGUUCCACAAGGCGGCGUCCUCAGUCCUCUUUUGUUCAACAUAUAUGUUGCCCAAGUUUGCGAAAAUCUACCUAAAACUGUCACUGUCUCUCAAUUUGCUGACGAUAUCGCCCUGUAUUGCAAAAGAGGAUCCACUAGCACUAGCAAACGUCUACUCGAAAAAGCUAUUGAAAAAGUUAACCAAAACCUAAACAAUUUAGGACUUGAACUCUCUGCACAUAAAACUAUUUUCAUUCAUUUCAACCGUCGUAACAUAAAACCAGGCGAAACUGAAAUAACGGUAAAUAACACACCCAUAAAAUCUAGUGAAACGGCCCGAUUCCUGGGUAUCACUUUUGACUAUACACUGUCUUUCAAACAACAGACCAACUUAAUUAUUAACAGAGCCUCUAGAGCCUUAAACAUCGUUAAAUUCCUUCGAGGUACUUGGUGGGGCGCUCAUCCCAACAUACUAACCCUAUUUUAUAAAAGUUUUGUAAGAUCUAUCAUUGAUUAUGGAUGUUUUAUUUACUUCCCCACUCAAGCUGACGCCCUGCUAAAGCUUGAACGAAUACAAUACAAGUCAAUUAGAUUAGCUUUAGGAUACAGAGCAAGCACUCCCACAAAUAUUCUGUUAGCUGAAUCAAAACUACCCCUUUUAAUAGAGCGUUCUAAAUACUUAUGUCAUAGUUAUCUAAACAAAAUAUAUUCAAAUAAGGAACUUUCACUUAACCAGACAAUUACCAACUUCAAUAGAUUAUUAACAAAUAAAGACACCAGUCAUCGUAAAUUUAGUAAUAGAAUUUUCCAAACCUGCAUUGAAAACACCUACCCUUCCAAAAAUAAAAUUUACUCCAAAAAUAAUUUUCCAAUAUAUACAACAAACUAUGCAGUACAAACAAUCAAUGUAAAUGUAAAUACGGAAAUAGGACAAAAACUAAAAAAAAGCAACGACCCUAACUCAGUACUCAACAAAAUAAUAAGUGAAAAUCGGAACGCAAAUAUCAUAUUUACCGACGGUAGUAAAUCAGCUGAUUCAAUAUCAGUGGGUAGUGCCUGCUUCCACGUAAAUAAAAAUAAAUUUAUUGUAAGAAGCAUCGAUAAAGUCGCUUCCAUAUUCACCGCCGAAUGCCUUGCCAUUAACGAUGCCGUAGACAUCGCGCUCGAGUAUCCUAACCAAAGAUGCUUUAUAUUCUCCGACUCACUUAGUGCUCUUCUGUCACUCAAAAAUUACAAAAAUAACGUCAAAACUAAUCCCCUCCUCCUAGAAAUUCGAGAAAAAAUUUAUGAAUUUCAAAAGAAAGCACACAAAGAUUGCGAAAUUGUUCUUGUAUGGAUACCAGCUCACCUAGGAAUAAAUGGAAAUGAAAAAGCAGACCAACUCGCCAAGGAAGCUGCCAACUCUGCAUCUACUGACAUUUAUAAGAUCCCAUUUACAGAUUUCAAAGAAAUAGCAAAAAAGAAAUCAAUAGAAAAUACAUUUGACUCAGUCAAAUCUCAAGGACAAAUCAAAGGCACUGAAUACUUCAAAAACUACUACAAAGACAGUUCUAAGCCUUGGUACUUCAAAAUCAAUCUACCACGGGAAAUUAUAUCUACCAUCAACAGAUGUAGAGCUGGUCACUACAACCUUGCCUUUUCCUUAGCACGAAUAGGAGUCAAAGAUAACUCUCAUUGCGAAUGCGGCGACGAAAAUCAAACGAUCAAUCACAUUCUAUGGAAUUGUUCCUUAUACGAUCAAGAACGUCAACCAUUCAUUAGAAAACUGCAAAAACUUAAAUUCAGCCUUCCUACAUCUUGCGCCACACUUUUAGCGAACCCAAAUACACGUAUAUGUAAAGCUAUUUAUACUAUCUAA